UGACUUUCUGUCUUGUUCAGUUUUUUGAUUAUCAGUGUGGUAGUCUGUAGGAAGACGUCUGCAUCUCACCUUUUGCUUUGAAGUUUGAGUGUGGUUGUUUUCAGUGAUAGCUUUUUUCUGCAAGUGGACGAAUGGACGGUGGAGACACAAUGCUGCCUCGCCAGAAUCUUGCGCAGGCGGCUGGCUCAGCUGUACAAAUAGCUUCUCGAGCCAUGGCUUCCAGUGGAUCGUUUCCUGCUGUGGGCGAGGCAGCCUCAACUGGCGAGGUGGCCGCAUCUCAAACCACAUCAGUGGCAGUUCCCCGUCCUUUGGCUGCACCUCCUGCCAGCCCAGCCCUUAGUAUGGUGGGAACGCCAGGUCCGAGCAGUUAUGCGCCGCCAACUCCUUCGGGAAUUAUUCCUCAACUGCAGAAUAUCGUUUCGACUGUAAACCUUGGUUGCAAGCUCAACCUGAAGGAAAUAGCUUUGCACGCUAGAAAUGCGGAGUAUAACCCAAAGCGAUUCGCCGCCGUCAUCAUGAGAAUCCGAGAGCCGAGAACAACUGCGCUUAUAUUCAGCAGCGGAAAAAUGGUGUGCACCGGAGCGAAGAGUGAAGAUCACUCACGUUUAGCUGCGAGGAAAUACGCCAGGGUCAUUCAGAAACUGGGCUUUGACGCAAAGUUCAUGGAUUUCAAGAUCCAGAAUAUGGUCGGUAGCUGCGACGUAAAGUUUCCAAUUAAACUCGAAGGCUUGGUAUUGUCCCAUGGUCAGUUUUCAAGCUACGAACCGGAGCUCUUUCCGGGUCUUAUCUAUCGAAUGGUCAAGCCGCGUAUCGUCCUGCUCAUCUUUGUGUCGGGGAAAGUCGUCUUGACCGGUGCAAAAGUCCGAGCUGAAAUCUACCAGGCCUUCGAGAAUAUCUACCCUAUCCUGAAGGCAUUCCGGAAAACGUAGCUGCUGCCCUGUGCCGUCAGUGUCUUGCUUUGGAUAUAUAUUUUUUCAGCCUUUUAUUGACGUCCGGGAACCCGUGUUUGGCAGUGGCAGUGGCAGGUUCUUUGUGUUCUAUCUCGGCCACUGCGCAUUGGCCUGGUUGAGAGCCACAUAGUUUUCAUGGUCCAUACUCGUCUCGUCUUCCUAACAGCUUUUCUUUUUCUGUCUCUUUUUACUUGUUUCACCAGUAGCUAGCUGUGUGUUUUCUCACACCAGUUUGGAUGUCUGCAACUGCUAGGCUUUUAUAGGACAGCUGAUACUUACUAUUCAUGCCCGUGUUUGUAUCUAAUCUUUAAUCAAGAUGUUUUGAACCGUUAUCUACUGACGUAUCAUUUUUGUAAUUGCGUGUUUUCGUCUGUUACUGUGUUCUUGUGUAGUAUGCCUACAAUUCACCUGGCAUGUCAUUGGGAGGUGCCAAUUCAAAACAUGUGUGUAUUCAUCCUCCCUCUCAUUGUUGUUCAUGGGUGUUGUGUUGUUCUUGUAUCUAAUUCUAACUCGGCCCUUCUCUCCAUCUCAGUCAUGCUAUUCUUUCGUACUAGUGCAGUUUUUUAUUAUAUAUAUAUGCAGCGCAGGCGGUCUUUAUUGUAGGUGUUUUGUUUCCGGCUUAUUGAGUUGUCACGAAAAGCUCUUCAUUCCUCCAACCUCUGUUGGCAUGCAUCUUGGCCACACUGAUGAUGGUAUUGGCACUUGUA